AUGGUGCGACGCAAUGCAAAGAAGAUAGAUGUGCAAGCAGCAGCAGCAGCAGCAGCAGCAGCAGCAGCAACAGUAGAGAGAUACACACAGCAGCAGCAGCAAACAGAGGAACACACAGCAGCAGCAGCAGCAAACAGAGGCACACACAGCAGCAGCAGCAGCAAGGAGAGGCACGCAGCAGCAGCAAAGCGAAGCACACAGCAGCAGCAGCAGCAGCAGCCGCACCUGAGAUGCGCAGAAGACGAAGCGCUUGGGAGACAGAAUCAGCAGAAGUUGCUGCUGAGUCUCCGUCGCAGUAUCCCUGCAGCAGCAGCAGCAGCAGCAGCAGCAAAUCGAGCAGCAGCAGCACUUCCGCAGCGCCCGCGGCGCCUGCAGCAGCAGCAGCAGCAGCAGCAGCAACUCGCGCAGCAGCAGCACUUCGGCAGCGCCUGCUGCGUCGCCUGCAGCCCCUGCAGCCGCAGCAGCAGCAGCAGCAGCAGCUGCUGCUGCUGCGGCUCCCCGGGUGGCUCCGAAAGCGCUCUCGCUGGGCAGCAAGGUGCUGCUGCAGCAGCAAACGGCGACCUAUAG